CCAUAAAUACUAGAAGGGAAGGAGCCAACAUGUUGACUCCCUCCAUCUCCUCCUCCUCGGUUUAGUGCCUUCGAGCAUCUCCAGAGUGUAUUUUUUAAGCCAAACCCCACUAGGAUUCGUGUGAAAUCAUAGAUGGUUGCUCCCUCUUGAAAAAAAUCCUCAUUUUAAAGAAAUUUCUCCCAUUUGGGUUGAAGCCGAUUCUUGGGGAUUAAAGUGUGGUUUCAUUCUAGAUUGUCAGAUUGUGAAAAAUUCUCAGCAUCCCUUUUAGCACCUAGGCCAUCAAAACUGGUUUAGGCCAACAUUCGAGGUCGUCAAAUUUGAUUUUCCUGCUCAAGAGAAGUUUCUGAUCACUUUUAGUUCCUCGAUCUUUUGAUGUCCAAUGCUCGUACAAGAUGAUCCCCAUGAUGCAUUGGUCUGAAAAUAUAAAUGUACUAUACAAAGACAAUAGACUACUACAUGCACAUUUGAACAAAUAGCAAGCUAAUUCCAAAUUAAAAUGACCAAUGAUGCGAUGAAAUUAUGCAAAAUAUGUCAUAGUAUAUUUUAUGUGUUGCCAUCUAGCAACUGGGGAGCUUUUCACUCAUCUUUCACCCCAUUAACAAGUUGUUAGAACAAAACUAACUCAACUCUUUGUUCAUCAACAGUUGUAGUAACUAAAACUCCUUGAUCAUCUCAAUUUCAUGAACAGGUAUGUGACGACAAGGCGAACUCACUUCUGUAUUCAUCAACAAUUAAUAACAAAUACCAUCCUCAUUGUGUUGGAUUAUGUUGACAACUCCGCUCUCGACAUCAUAUUUUGAUCAAAAUUCCAUCUCUUCCCUCUUCAGUCUGAAACUGUUGGAUUCGCAUCAUGAAGAACAUCCUUCCCUUUACCAAAUUGGAGUUUCCAAAUUUUCAGUAUAUUUUUGUUAAAUACAUCAAAAGAUCACCGUGCAAAAUGGAAACAGCCUUAAAAUUUGAAAGAAUAAAUUUUCACUCUCAAAUGAUAAUAGUAAAAGAGUCCAUAUUAAAUCUCUGCUAACAACUCAAAUGAUAAGGAUAUAUGAUCGAUAUUCGAAUCCUUACCACUAAUAUUAACUGUUAAUUUAAAAGUUAAACCGAAUACUAACACAAAUAAACAAAAAUGGGUUAUUGGAUGCAUCACUGUUGGAUUAUAGUGGUCCAAAAUCCAUCCUCUCCAAUCAAAUUCCACCUCCGCACUCACUGACCCCCUUUGCAUCAGAGACUCAAGAAACCGCGUCCAUGAACAGUAAUUCCACAUCACCACCCCCAAAUCAAUUUUAAACAAAAUCCUCAAAUCAAUUUUAUCCAGAAAAAAAUGCUUCCUUUUUCUUCUUUAGUACUCUGUAGUACUUGCUCUACUCUACUCUGUUUCUCAAAAUCCCCUGCUCUCUUCAACAGCUGCCACGCCACUAUCGCAUUGAUCAUCAUCAAACCCCAAUUCUCCAUUUAUAAAUUCCAAAAAGAAGAAAGCUGCUUUCUGGGAUUUCAUCUCUAUAAACCAUCCUGUCUCUUUCACCUCUGCAACUGCCUGGAAGCUACCAUUCCAUUCUUCCCCACACUGUCGGGGUUCCUCCACGUUUGCAAAGCAGCAAACUUUUAUAUACCCUUCUCCCGACAUCUAUAAAUAUGUCAAGGAGCAUUAUUUCAACAUCAUCUUACCAAUACAAUCACCAAUUCAAUCACACUCCAAUUCAUUUCGUCGGGGGGAAAAAAACAGGGGACAAAAGAAAGUGUAAAAACAGAGAAUAGCAAUGAGCAAUGGCAGCGGCACGGGGACACCGUCGUGCUACAGAGGGGUGAGGAAGCGGAAAUGGGGGAAAUGGGUGUCGGAGAUCCGCGAGCCGGGGACGAAGACGAGGAUUUGGCUGGGGAGCUUCGACACGCCGGAGAUGGCCGCCACGGCGUAUGACGUGGCGGCUCUGCAUUUCAGGGGGCGGGAAGCCAAGCUGAACUUCCCCGAGGCGGCCCAUUGCCUGCCCCAGCCCGCGAGUUCUGGCCCAGACGAUAUUCGGGCCGCGGCCCAUGAGGCUGCGUUCCGGGCCGGGUCGAUGGAUGCCGGCGGGGGAUCCGGUUACGGCCGCGGCGGUCAAGAGUAUGUCGGUCCGGUGACGGUGACCCUGUCGCCCAGCGAAAUUCAGGCGAUCAAUGAGUAUCCGAUGGACUCGCCGAAGAUGUGGUCGUCGAUGGAUUACGCCACGCCGUCAUUGAUGGAUUAUACCAUGCCGUCGUCAAUGGAUUACCCGGCGCCGUCGGUGGAUUACCAGACUUCUUCGAUGGAUUACCAGACGUCACCGACGUCGUACGUGGGCCAAUAUGAAUGGGGGUAUGAUUAUGGAUAUGGCGGCGGGCAAAGUGGUUCUCUUUGGGAUUAAUUUCCUAAACAAGUAAUUUUGUCCCUUAAAAAAGUGUUUUCAUGACCCUAUUUUCCAAAACUAUACGACUGUUUUAAACUUUAAACCUGUUUGCAACACAAACCUCAAAUUUUAUACUAAUUCAAUUUUUUUCUAUCGGUUUAUGUGAUUGUGUUUUUCAAUUGGACGAUUUAACUUAUUAACGCGUUUUUUUUAUAACUAUAAAAAAAUGUCCUUAAUUUUUAUCAAUUGGACAAGAUUUGAAAGAAAAACAAUUUCUUUGAAAUUCAGAGUUUUUUAACCUAAAUUACCUUGAAAAAAAAUAUUUGUGGAUUUUAUGAUCUAUACCUCCAUUAAUUAUUAGCAAAUCAUCCAUUCUAAAUCACUUGCCCAACCAAACCCUAGAUAUUCUAUGGGAAAACAACUAAUUGGGAGCCUGGAUUUUUCAAUGGGCUAAAUGUGAAAAGUGGAUGAUAGGGACUUAAACUAAUCAAAGAAGAAGAAUGGGUGGCUCUAGGGGGAUCAUUUGUUGGCUUCCUAUUGGUUAGUGGUGACAUGUGUACCAAUUAUAAGAAAUAUAUUGUGUUUAUUUAUGAAUAAAUGUUAUCUUUACUAGUACUAUAUUAUCCUUUUCCUCUCUUUAAGUGGUUUGGAGGAAUGGAGUGUUGUUGUACUAUUGGUUGGUGUUUGGAAGGAGUGGAUAAUUAAUAACUUUUGUUAUAGUACUAUAUAUCAUAACUAGUUACCCUUCAUGGUGCUAUGUGAUGAUGUAUUACUCGUAACGUUUUGGUAUUAUUUAUUGUUGCGAUUCUCGUAUGAUCGUUCAAGACGCUACAUCGAAGAAGUCUUCUUAUUAUAGAAUCAAAGUCUGUUUAGAGGAAGUAUAUUCUCUCUACUCGUCUUUCUCGCUAGUUUCUUGUCUUUUAUUCUCUUCGGAACUUUAACAUAGUUGUCUACCUAAUGGUAAAACAUGCUCUUUCAUCGGGCAUCCGCUUGUUUACGGACUACCGUUUUUUAGUUCUUGAAUUCCCUAUAGAACACGAAAAUCAUGAAACAAAUGGGAAUCAGUUUCUUCCCGAACAAAGAAAUACACUCGGUUCACAAACACAAAAGCAUUGCUCAACUCCCGUAGACUAGUCCCAAUCUUGAGCAAAACUACUGUUAUUAUGUUUCAUGACGUUAAUAAGUAUCAUGUUUUAAUAUACGCUUUACCAAUGACUACUUUUUCACAUGCGAACCUGGUUAGCUCAUUUGAAGCUUACGAGACCAGAGAGGAUACGAACAACCCAUUACAUCAGAAGCACCAUAGGGUAUCCCACUUGGUAACCUAGUCCAGUCCUCCCCCACCGAGUUGAUGGUCUUCGAGAUGAACUAUGGCAACCGCGUCGAUGAAAAGGAUCGUGUUAGGGACAUAAUUGCUUGCAUGGGGAUCGAGCUAUACAGGGGGGCCAAUCUCGAGGCCAAAUCAUGGAAAAGGUGGAAACUAUUCCUGAAUAUUGUAUUAUAUAUCUUUUAUGUGACGAUAGUUACUACAAAAAUAAAUAUACGAAUCUAGUAACAGAUUGAACCGAAUUUUAAGACGCACACAAAAGAUGAACUACGGAUGGUUUAAUCCUACUGUCCGAUUCGAUGAAAUAACAGGACGCCCAGGUCCAAACUCUUAUCAAUGGUAUAAGGCUAUAAGCAUUAAGCAAUGUGCAGAGAGAUAAUGUGAGGUUUUUGCAUAAUUCCACUCUUUAUGGAAUGUCAAUUGUCAUGUCUAUUCCUGUGAGCUGUGAUGUGAUCCUCUUGCACCUUUUUAUCACAGGCUUUUCCACCUCUCUUACUUAACUGAAUCUGCUGGGCCUCAUUUAUUUGGGUCCUCGGCUGAAAUUGUUUGGGCCGAACCAAUAUUACCAGCUGAUUCUGAAUCAGACCCAAGACAGGAUUAAUAAUUGGCAUGUGUAAAAUACAAUCACACGUUUCAUCAUAUCGUAUCAUUUUACAUGCGGUAUUUCAUCAAAUAUGAUUUUUUAUAAGGUUAGAAAAUAUGGUAUUGUGGUUAUGGUUUUUUUUUGUUUCAAAUUGGUUAAAUGCUCAUUUUUCCUUCCCUUAUUAACAGUGGCGGACCCAGAAAUUUUGUGAAGGGUAUUCACAAAAAUAAAUAAAUAAAUAAAAUUUAAAAGUUUAAUUCAUAAAGUUCAUCGAUUCAUCGUAUCUCAUAGCGAACCACAACGUGUUUUCAUAUUCUGAAAAGUUUCUAUAAUAUAUUCAUCACUUAGGUUGUGAGAGUUAUCUUUUAUUGGGGUGGAGUUUUCAUUCCCCGAAAAAGAGGAGAUUUUAUCAAAUCUUAAUGGGACUUGGAUUCGACAGAGUAGACAUGGGAAUUAAUUUGGAUCAUUAUAUAUUUGCUUUGGAAUGCCUAUAACAACAAUUAGAUAGUAGUUCAACGAAACUUCUAUUAAGUGUAAGGGUUGUCAAAUUGUCAAGGAUUCAAACUUCAAAUCCUACUAACAAGCAUAUAAAUUGUAAUGUGCUAAUUUGUUCCAAUUUUUUAGCCAAGGUUUGUCAACUGACAACCCUUGGCACUGAACAGGUCCGCCCCUGCUUAUUAAAGAAAUAAAAACAAACCUCUUUCUUUUCAAACCCUAUGAAAAUAUAAAAUAGAAGUUGUUGUGUCCUCUGCAGACUUCUUCGGUGAUAUAGACGGUGAAAGGAGAGUGCGAAGAUGUUGACUAUUGUUAUUAACCCGGACGGGUCGUGUAACAACCCUACCCUCGUACUAAUUAUUACGUUAGAAUUACGUGGUUGUGAUUGGGUUACAAAAAUUGGUCUUUUGAUCCGAAAAGUAAGUGAAUAGUUGAGUUUUGGACUUAACUGUCAGGAAAGGAAGAAGAAGGGAAACAAGGGGUGCUGCCAAUUUUCGUCCAGCAGCAGGACAGCUUGUGGAAAGGACGAUUCUGGACACUUGAGCCGUUGGAUCGUGCUGAUAUUCGGAGGUUUUGUUCCUUAUGUCAUUUUCUACGAUUGGACCGUUCGGAUCAUUGUUAUGAUCUCUGGUUCAUUUAGUAAGGUCGCUGGACAGGAGGGGUGCGACUUUGUUUUCCUGUAGCAGGGCAACAGAUUAGAGGUAAUAUCUUGUACGAAGUAGCCGUUGGAUCUUUCUAGAAAUUUGGUAUAAUGUUAAGUAUAUAAGUUUAUUUGAGUUGACCGUUCGGAUCUUAGUUUUGAGUUCGAAGUGGUCAGGACCAAUUGUUAGAAGUAGGGGAGUUGGAUUGAAGUGAGAAGAAGGUAGCUGGCAGUUUCGAUACGUCAAUUUAAAAUGAUUUCUGGGCUCAAAAUACUGAUCCAAAUUGUCUGAAAUUUGGAUAUGUUGUAUCCCUAUGAAUCUAGUUUCAGUAGCAACCAGAAUCAAAUGAUUUGGUUAAGUAUCAAGGGAGAAAUGACCGAAAUGAUGAAGCAGGGUAAAGUGUACAAUUGUAUGACUCCCCUAGUGGUCUUAUCGACAUGCAUGAGCACAACCAUGAUUAUGAUGAUUGUAUAUGUGUCUUGGUGCUUGAAUAACCUGGAAAAUUUGUAUAUAAAGGUAAGGAGCAAGCCGGGGGCUCAUCCAAAGGCAAGGGCAUAGCCGAGUGAAGAUAAAUCUGUGAGUAGAUUCUAAUCUUAGAUCUACUUCAACAUAAUCACAGUAUUCGGGUCAUGAAGCGGCCCGAAUACAUAUCGGGGUCAUGAGGAGGCUCCGGUAUAAUAUGGGAAAUGAUAUGGCAAUGUGAUAUGGCGUAUGGGUGUUUAUUCCUAUGGCUAUUGUGAUAUGGCUUAAUUGUGUUUAUUCGUUAUAUGCAUUUGGUAUGAAGUUGGAAAUGCAUGAAUUGUGAAUGGGAUGUGGAAAGACAUUUUGUUGAUUUAUUGUGUGCAUUAUGAGUAAGUAUUCAAACUUGCGAACCCGUCUUGUCUGUUUAGAUUUGGAGUAAGCCAUUAGGCUUACUAAUCCUGUUCUGCUUGAAUAACGAACUAGUAAUGAAAAGAGGUGAAUACAUAAGAAUAAGUAACAAGGCUUUAUGAUACCUCGGUACAGUAGUGUGUCCUGUUUGUAUCGAUGUGGGUAAACCCCACGAUACUCCUGUUUGAGCGCUCGUGCUCCGCACCGUGCCGAUUGGGUGACGACCCACGGUACUCCUGUUCUGUUCAGUUAGCCGGGCUGGGGUAAUCCCGUGGCGACUCCUGUUUUUGUAUCGGUCCGGGUUGUGUCCCGCGAUACUCCUGUUGGUGCGAGCACUCCUGUUUCGUGCCUUGUGCACUCCUGUUUAUACCGGUCUGGGUUUUGUCCCGCGGUACUCCUGUUAUUUGAUGGCUGUACAUGGUUAUCCACUUAUCCUGCAGCCUUCCACUACUAUACUACCCGAGGAGUAUAUCAUUUAGCAAGUUUGAAAGUGAAAUUGUAUAAGCAAAGAUGCCUCUAUCUGUCAUCUGUUUAUGUAUUUUGACUGUGGAAUGUGAUCAUGUGAACUAGAUUGAUUCAGUAAAAUGACAAGUGUGAUAAAACAGCUUAAGUCAUGUUAUGUGCUAGGGUGUUUCUGCCCGAUACUGUUUUUGUAUUGAUGUCGAUCCGAGCUUAGAAUUUAUUCACUGAGCGACGACUCAUCCUUCGUCAUCAUUUUUCCUCAGAUCAAGAUCAGAAGUAAGGUCGCUACUGUAGAUAUCGGGACUCAAGCUUGAAGGGAAGCCAUGAGGUGGGCGGAGGACUCCGAACUCCUUGAAUGAUUUAUGUUGUGUGGAUUUUGUAAUAAAGCAGACUUCCCCGGUUUUCUGUUUCGACUCUAUUGAAAAUGUAAAUUAUAGUUUGAAGUUUGAAAAAAAAUACAUAUAUAAAGCUCGGGCCCGAGAAUGUUUAAACUCGAUGUAUUUUACUGUUUUGUUUUGUAAUAUAAAGUAAGGGUUUUACAGGUCGCCAACUAACAGUCGAGAAAGGAAUAAAAAGAAGAGCAUGUUAGACUCACUGAAAGUCAUGGAAGAGCCAACAACAAUGAGUUAAGAUGGAGAUGAAUUCAGUGAGAUAUGAACAGAGAAAACAUUUUAUCAAAGUUGGGCAUGAAAAAAAAAACAAGGAUAUUUUCGCCCUUUUAUGAAAUGCACUGGAUCCCAUCAGAACUUCGAAGUUAAACGUGAUUGGGCGAGAGUAGUACUAAGAUGGGUGACCUCUUGGGAAGUCCUAGUAUUUCACAAAUACUAACCCUCCCGCUAGUAUUUGAAGAAUAACACAUUGUGGUAUUUUGAGAAUAACACACAUCAAUUACAAUGUUUUUUUCCAACCAAAUAUAGCUUUGUACCCACAUGCCAUAUUAAAUGGGAAUCGACUUCACUACCAAACUCAAAUAUAAAUUCAAAACGACCUUACCCACAAUAACCUUUCAUCCAUUUCAAUUUUCAAUACAGUAAUCAACAACCCUAUAUUAUGAUCACUCUUUCUUACAUUUUUAUAACACAAGCUCAUAACGGCUAGAUAAAAAGUCGUUUGACCUUAUCUAAUAACGAUUAACCACUACUAUCUUAUAGCUUUGAAAUCUAAUGUGACCUGAGUGUAUCCAUCAUGACUUAUAGCACCCCAUAUGAGCCCAAACUCGAUCCCUACGAAUUCAAGACUCCCAAUGACCAAUAAUUAACGACUGAUCUCAAGUACCGCUCGAAUCCCGAACCUAUAAUGACCAAGAUCCAAAUUAACCAGUCACCACGGUUUCAUCAGCCGAGUUGUUAUGAAAGUAAACUCGAAACUACAAAUAACCUCAAAUUGUUUUUUGGUACGUAUUAGCAUAAAGUACUCAAAACACAUUUCCGAAUUUCCCCCCCCCCCAAAUCCUACUCUUAGCAAUAACAAAACAUCACCUGUAAUAAACGUGGUAUACUAGAGAGCAGCUAGAUCCUCACUUCUUCCCUCGCAUAUGAAAGAGAAAAGAGAGAGUAGAAUCGUUAUUUAAGAGUACCGGUGGCAAAUCGUACGGACGGGCCGGGUCCGUCCGAUCAUAGGGGUUGGUGGCUGGCUGCCCGCCGCCGGUGCACACGGAAACCGUACAUUGCAGACAAACACGCAGAAUCGAAGACCGCACCGCCGUAGAACGAAGACGUGGCGGUGCAUGCCUGCUUGUCUGGUGGAUAUUAUAUUCCCCGUAAAUAUCGAGCUAUAGUAUGUUGGAUUUAUUUCAAAAACUGUUAUUAUUUUUAAAUAUAAAUUGAUCUCAGGCUGCAAGAUUAUAGAAUUAGGACCUAGUUUUUUUUUAUUAAUUGUGUAAGCGUACCAGAGACGGUAUCAAAUAAGUCAAAAACAUGAAUUUUUCUGCUUUAAAACCAUGGUCCAUAACUCCAUACCAUACCGAUAAAAUUCUACUCCACCCUGGACUCGAUAGCAUGUUUUCCGUUCGAAGCGUCGUAUGGUACGGUAUAGCAAACACUGAAUUUUACUCAUUAUGACUCAGGAUAUAGUAAGAUGCUCCGAGACACCAAUUAAUUCAAAAUUUAUAUGAAACUUUUUUUAUUUUACUUUUGUUGUUAAUAGUAUGUGGUACUGAUCGAUGAAUUAUGUAAUAAUUAGAUACAUCACACGUGCAAGAGAGGGAUGGGACGAGGAGAAGUGACUGAUUGACUGAGUGAGGAAGACAGAAGCAUAUGAGCUAAGAACCAGCUGUAUAUCAUCCAAAGCCCUAAUUUGACAUUUUGGGGAAUCUUUGGGAAUGGCAACACGGUUUGGUUUGUUUGUUUAUGUAUAUGCCCCCAUGAAUUUGUGACGGCAGGUCACUGUAGUUUGACUGAGAAAGCGAGAGAGAUAGAGCACUCGACAUUCCGAGUCAUGCUAUGAUUAGUUUAAUAACAAGAGUGAUCACUUUCAAGUAGAAAGUAGAUAAAAGAGUUGCAACGAAAUGUUUGGUCGACUGGUUGUGAGGUAGAAUUUUAAGAUUCAUUAUCAACUUAUCAAGGAACUUCCACCAAACUUGUAGGUGUCAUGAACCAGUUGGUCCCAAUAACUCGAGUUAUUGGGAGAAAGUUAUCUUGAAUUUUAUAUCACACUCUAACACGUCCCUUCAAACGAAAGCCAGCUCAUGGGUUUGAAGUUUGCACAAACCCACCAUACCUUGUACAUUUAAUCAACUGUUCAUAUUGGG